UAUCUGUGCUCGGUGUCCUCUGUCGUCCACUGUCUCGCGCAACACGCGACAAUCAUUUUACCUUAUGCGUCAGUAAAGCCAGAGGGAAACUUGACUUUCCAGCCGCUCCCUGACUUCGGAGGAUGGACCUUCGUUACCACCACAAGACGCUCACAAGGAGAAGGCAGUUUCGGUCGAAGCCAGUCACUUCUGGUCACGAAAACAUCGUCCCGCCGUCAUGGAAGGACAUCUGGCGUGAUUAUAUCACAGAAGCGUUUCGUAAUACGACAUUUCAAGGUCUCGUCUACUUCACAUACACGAGGCGACAUCCCCUGGAACAUUUCGUGUGGUUUCUGUGUGUGUCCGUGGCUGUUGGCUGUGCAGUGGCGGUCAGUUUAUCAACCUGGAAACGUUACCAGGACAACCCUACAGUCAUAUCACUGGAAAAUAACUACAGAGACUGGAACAUUUCUGUUGCUGCUGUGUACAUCUGUCCUACGGAGACGAUUGACGAAGAAGCUCUGGAGACAGUCUUAAAGGGACUCACGAACUCUACUCAACCAAGUGAUGUUGAGCGACUUAGAAAGUUUCUGAUUACCCUUGCCAAACUUAAUCAUGACAAUUUGGAUACUGUGGAGGAGUUUGCAGGUUAUACGGAAAUACAUCCGAGUAACUACACGAAAUUAGUCGACGAGGUCUCAUUCAAGUUCGAAUAUUAUUCUGAAGAAGAAAAAGAAGAAGAAGAAGAAGAAGAGACGCCAGAAAACGAAAAUACAGACGCCAACCAUGAAGUUCUCCUUCCAAUCUUGACCGAAUACGGAAGGUGCUAUGCAUACAAUUCACAGUUGGCAGCAUCGCAACUCACGAAGAAACGUGUACCCCUAAUCGUUGAAUCGCACUUGGAAUCUGGAAAUUCCAAAAGUAUUUCCCACAUCAACAGCGCGUUCACUGUAUAUUUCAAGAACCCGUGGGAAGUUCCCGGGAUUGGAGCCUUGAACCAAAAACUGUUCAACCCUUUCAUGUACAGGAGUAACGCAAAUAUGAGAGUAAUUAUCACGUACGCUACAGACGACGUUCGUAAUCUACGCGUCGAUCACCGAAAGUGUCGCUUCAGGGACGAGUCCAAUUUGGCGAUAAGCGACAUCUACUCGGUGAACCUCUGCCAAAGUCAGUGUCGAGCUGAAAUGGCGAUCAGACUUUGUGGUUGUGCCCCGUUCUUCUACGUCGGAGUCGAACGGGCUCACUACAACAUAUGCGACGUGCAGGGAAUGAUUUGUCUAGUGGAUCACGUGAAAAAGUCUAAAUCCGACGGUGACCACAAGACGAGGGACAAACAUUCCUGUGCCUGUUACCCCACCUGUGAGAGCGAGGAAUACGUAAUCGAAGACACUACAACUGAAGAAUCGGAAACUGAUACCGGCGGGACGAAGCUUUCUUGGUGCGUACCGAACUACCCCACCGUUAGGAUGAAGAGAGACAUUCUGUUCACGCUACCCGACAUGCUAGUGGCUUUUGGAGGUACUGCUGCUUUCUUCCUUGGCUGCAGUGUGCUGAGUGCAGUAGAAAUAUUCUACUAUUGUACUCUACGUCUCUACUUUUAUCUACUUGAAGUUCGUCGACAAAGAACAAGGUACAUCCAACAUGACUCAAGGACGCGUGUACCGACGUUCUGACUGGCACGUGCGGUAAAACGGAACGGAGCUGCCACC